CCGCCUCAGCCGUCCGGCCCGCCGCCAUUUGACAGCGGGGCGGGCCAGUCCGCGCCGGUCGGGGCUGCACCCCCGGCGCCGGGCGCUGCAGCAGCCGCCGGCCAUGAAAAUGAGUUGCACAAUCGAAAAAGCCUUAGCAGAUGCGAAAGCACUGGUGGAACGGCUGAGGGAGCAUGACAAUGCAGCAGAAGCUCUGAUUGAACAGACUACAGCUCUUAACAAACGGGUUGAAGCAAUGAAACAGUACCAAGAAGAAAUUCAAGAGCUUAAUGAAGUAGCAAGACAUCGUCCUCGGUCUACGUUAGUGAUGGGUAUCCAACAAGAAAACAGGCAGAUUAGGGAACUGCAACAGGAAAAUAAAGAACUGCGCACAUCUCUUGAAGAACACCAGUCUGCUCUGGAACUCAUAAUGAGCAAGUACAGAGAACAGAUGUUUAGGUUGCUAAUGGCGAGCAAAAAGGAUGAUCCAAGUAUAAUAAUGAAGUUAAAAGAGCAACAUUCCAAGGAGCUGCAAGUACAUGUGGACCAAAUUACAGAAAUGGCGGCAGUAAUGAGGAAAGCCAUUGAAAUUGAUGAAAAGCAUGGUUGUAAAGAGCAGGAACGAAUCCUUCAGCUGGAGCAGGAAAACAAAGGCCUGAGAGAAAUUCUUCAAAUAACCAGAGAAUCAUUUCUGAACCUCAAGAAAGAAGAUGCAUCAGAGAGCACAUCUCUGUCAGGAUUAGUAACAAGCAGCGAUUUGAGCCUGAGGAAAAGCUGAAGACUGUGGAAGCCCACAAGCUUCAAUUGCACACUUUACAAACUGAGUAUCAGGGGUCACUUGUCAAGCACUUGUUACUGAAUAGGGCACCAGCAAGCUAAUGCAUCUUAAACUCCAGUUUAGUGGCUUUUAUACUGUGUAAGACAAAUUACAAUUGGUAUUCUACAAAAGCCUUAGGGACAGACUUAAUUGCCAUAGAUCUAACUUUCAUAGGAAAUGGAUUCAUGCACUUACCCCAUUGGAAAUUCUUUUUAUAUGACAUCAUUUUACAGAUAAAAGACAAGAUUUCACAGAAUUUAGCUAAAUUCUUGUUCAUAAAAAGUUUCAGUGUGCCUGUUACAUAAUGAAGGUAAGCUUUAAAGUCUCAUCUCUCGCUAAAAAGUAGUAACUUCUGAAUAUGCUUUGUGCAUGGUCCACAUCAUGUUUUUUUCCUUUUAAUAUGUUUUUAAUAGAUUCUCAUGUUGCAACAAACCUGGUUAAUGGAAAGGGUGCACAGGCAGCCUAAAACAUAAGGAUGUCUGUGAUUUAGCCUGUUCAAAUAUAAGGUUGAUUGUCCAAACAGAA